AUGCGCUGCGAUCUUGACAGCUCCGGUGAUUUGGAUGCGCACGAGCUGAAGCAGGCGGCGCGGGUCUUCGGGAUGAGACCCUCGGAAGAAGAGCUGCGCAAUCACAUGGCCGGGCACCAGCGAAUCACGAAGGAGCAGUUUGCGAAGAUCGUCCAUGACUUUCAACAAAGACCUGAAUCAGCGCAGUCCCAGCGAGUGGUUCCACACGCCCUGCGGGGCAUGGCCUUGGGCCAGCUGGAGCAUUUAGAGGAACUCUUCGUGAAGUCUGGUUGGUUGGCCAGACAAUGCGACAACUUCAAUGAAGACAAUGCCCAAGCGAUCCUGGCUGGAGAGAUUAAGUUCCCACAGGCACCGAACCUGUAUGCGCUGGACACCUACGUGGUGACACCGAUGUCGAAGCCGGGGCCAUGCGCAGCCCGUGAUCAGGACUCCAAUCGCUCCAUACCUUGGGCGGUCCUGCAAGCGUCUUUUUCGGAGCUGCUGAAUCCCCGCGGACUCUUGGUGCACAUCUUCGUUUCACACUUCUGGGGCCACCUCUAUAGCAGCACGCUUGCGGCACUCCGAUUGUGGGCUACAAAGCAUUUUUCCAACUUCGCGCAGCAUCCGCAGUCGGCGGUCUUUUGGAUCUGUCUAUUCGCUCUCAACCAACACGCGGUGGCCGACGAAGUUGGGGAAAAGCCCAUGCAGGGGCCUUUCAAUGCAGCAUUAGCACAAGCAACAGGGGGCGCUGUGAUGGUGCUUGACCAAAGCGUGAACCCGUUCAAGCGCAUCUGGUGUCUUUUCGAAGUGUCGAUUGAAGUGCAAAGUGUCUCUAAUUUCAUCUUGAUCUCUGGAAACUUGAGGCGACGUGUGAAGCCUUGUGGAACGUAUCGGCGAGCGACUUGGUUCGCAAGUGCCCUGUUGGAGUCUUGGAGUUGGGCAAGUCAUUGGUUCGUGUUGUUUGGGCAAGAUGGGUUUGGCAUCGAAAUUGCCGGCUUCCCUGAAGGCAAGGCCGAGAGCUCAAAAGAGGCCGACAAGUUCAGCAUCUGGGCGGAGGUUGCGGACAGUUGUUUGAGGCAAGGCAUCUGCGGAGUGGGUGCAGAAAGGUUUUUCCGUCAGGCGACCACUGAACAUGGAAUUGAUCUCGAUUCCGCCUUUUUCGGGGCCUUCAACCUCCACAUGCGCUCGCUGCUUUCCACGAGCCUCCUUCAGAACUUGCUGGGCUCUUCCGAUUUCAUUUCGGCUGCCCGGUGCUGCGUCCAUGGAGCAUCUCUCAAUGAAGAGCAGCUGGACAAGCUUUGGGCCAAUUUGGAUAGCGGAGUGGACAGCGGAGAGUGGCUGGGUCAAAUGCUGCAUCAAACCGCGAGCACUGGGAAUGCAUCACUUUUGCAUCUUCUUCUGAAGCUCGGAGCUGAUGCCAGGUACACUCUCGGUGGUCAUGACAUGACAAGCCUGUUAGUUCUGGGAGCUCAAAAUGGCCACGAAUCCGUGGUGAAGCUGCUGCUGGGACUUGGAGCUCAUGCCGGUGCGGCAAACCAUGGAGUGACAGCGCUGAUGAAUGCAGCUUAUGGUGGCCAUGAACCAAUUGUGAAGCUGCUUCUGGAACAUGGGGCUGAUGCCAGUGCAGCAGGCAAUGAUGGAAUGACAGCACUGAUGCCUGCAGCUGAAAUUGGCCACGAAUCCGUGGUGAAGAUGCUGCUAGAACAUGGAGCUGAUGCUAGUGCAGCAUCCAAUGAUGGAAUGACAGCGCUGAUGCCUGCAGCUCAAGCUGGAUAUGAACCCGUUGUGAAGUUGCUGCUGGACAAGAGAGCUGAUGUACUGGGAGAAUUGGAACGGAGCAUUAGGCGCGCGGACGGCAUCACGAAAGCGGUAUCUCAUGAAGAGCCCCUUCGAAGGCAGACAGUCAUUGCCAGCAGGUCCCGGGAUAGCUGGCCACCGGUUGUGAGUUGGGAGACAGCAGCAAAUCUUGCAGCUGUGCUUCUGCAGCUGUUGUGGCUGAAUGCUGACGUACUUGCAGUGAGUUUGGCAGUCGUCCUCUUGCGGGCCGGCACCUCCUUCACCAGCGGAGUUACCGAGUUUGCACCAGGUGCUUCAAAGCCGCCAUCAGUCGGACUCUCACCGUCACGGCAGGUCAUGUGCUUGCCACGGGUGGCGCGCAACGCAGAGAACAUCAUCCUGGGUGGUGUCAUUGAUGUCACAAAGAUGGCAAGCGAAACGACCAUCAUCUUGCAGUGCUUGGCGGCCACAUCUCUUGUCGUGCUUGGCAACUACCUCAUCGCAAAAGAGGAGAACGAGAAGAAGGAAGAGGCUGAGAAGGAGGCGCUGGAGGAGGCUGAGCGGGAAAAGAAGCGCCAGGAAGUCAUGGCUCGAGCACAGCCGGGGUCCUUGCCGAAAGAAGACUGCGAAAUUGAAUUGGAUGGGGCCAAGAAGGCGAUUGAAGAGGAAGAGUACGACAUCUAUCGCGACUCGCUCCUCCGCUACUUGGGCUACAGCAAUGAGUUGGGGGAGGCAUUGCGACCUGUGCUUCCCGCAGCAUACCUGGCAUCCUAUGCCUUGGCCUUUGCCUAUGUGUUCGCAGACUCCGCUGACAAGGGUCAGCGUGCCGACAAGAAGAAGCGCCAGAAGCUCGCCAAAAACACUUUCCUUAUGUUAGACAAAGGUUGCGAGGGAUGCUUGACGAAGGAUGACAUGAAGGUUGCUUUCAAGAAGUUGCAGACUCCGUUGUCCGAUGCGGAGAUCGACCAGUACUUUGCCAAGUUGUGCACCAACGGAAGUGAGAUCCUCAGUUGCGAGGUCAUCGACCUACAACAAUUCAUGGCGGCCUUUGAUGAGGAAGACGACAAGUUGCUUCGUCUUGUGGAGAGCACUGAGAAGCCCUCGAACGACAGCGGUCCUCUGGAUAAUCCUUUCCUAGUUGCCGGAGGUGAUGCGUUGAUCUGGCAAGUGAUUGCAUCCGUUGCACUUCCUGGUUUUACCAUCAAUCGCUUCGUCACGCUGGCUGAAAUUGGUUGCGAGGCUCAGGCUGCCAACAAUAUCAUCGCCGAGUACUUGCCAACUGUUCUUGGGCUCUCCUUGAUCCCCAUUGUCUGCAAGCCCUUGGACGAGCUUGCAGAUGUUGGCCUUGAUGCCACUCUUCGACCCCUUCUCUUCUCCGCACUUGAUGCAGACAAGAGCGGGACCGUGGACUACGAUGAGCUCGCAGACAAGCUGAAGGUGCGGGACGGCGAUGUGAACGAAAAAGCCUUGCGCCGACUCUUCGAGGACAUGGACACGGACAACAACGGAUGCAUCUCGGUCGAGGACUGGGCGGAUGGUGGCUUCGCCCGGUACAAGGCCUUCAUCGAAAGUGAGCGCAAGGGAAAGGUGAAAGUGCAGGUCCCGCCCUGA